CCUGGCUGUCCACCACCUCCCCCUCCACCUCCUGCCAUCCCUGGUUGCCCACCACCACCUCCACCUCCACUGGUCCCUGGCUGCCCUCCACCCCCAAGUCUACCAGGCCUCACAGCAACAGAUGGCCCUUCCCAGGCCAAGAAGAGGACAGUGAAGCUCUUCUGGAAGGAGCUGAAGCAGCUGGAUGGCACUUCGGGGCCAGGCAGGUUCGGCCAGGCGACGCUGUGGGCAUCCCUGCAGAGUGUUGAGGUCAAUGCUGCCAAACUGCAGCAUCUCUUCGAGUCACGGUCAAAGGAUGUGCCAACCUCGAAGAAGGCCAGUGAUGGGAAGAAGGUGGUGGUGGUGCUGGACCCCAAGAGGAGCAACGCCAUCAACAUUGGCCUCACGGUCCUGCCACCCGUGCACAUCAUCAAGACAGCCGUGCUCAACUUCGACGAGUUUGCAGUCAACAAGGAAGGGAUUGAGAAAAUCCUGACCAUGGUGCCGACCGAGGAGGAGAAGCAGAAGAUCCAGGAGGCCCAGUUGGCCAACCCUGAUGUGCCCUUGGGCUCCGCGGAGCAGUUCCUGAUCGCCCUGGCUUCCAUCAGUGACCUCACGGCCAGGCUCCAGCUCUGGGCCUUCAAGCUGGACUACGAGAGCCUGGAGCAGGAGAUUGCAGAGCCACUGUUUGAUCUGAAGGUGGGCAUGGAGCAGCUGGCCAGAAAUCACACCUUCAAGUGCAUCCUGGCCACGCUGCUGGCCAUGGGCAACUUCCUGAAUGGCUCUCAGAGCAGAGGCUUUGAGCUGGGUUACCUGGAGAAGGUCUCAGAAGUGAAGGACACUGUGCACCGGCAGUCCUUGCUCCACCAUCUCUGCCAGAUGGUGGUAGAGAAGUUCCCAGAAACCACCGACCUCUACUCGGAGAUCGCCUCCAUCACCCGCUCCGCCAAGGUUGACUUUGAUGAGCUGGCCAACAGCCUGGUGCAGCUGGAGCGGAGGUGCAGGGCCUCCUGGGACAACCUGAAGGUGAUCGCCAAGCAUGAGACCAAGCCGGUGCUGAAGAGCAAGCUGACGGACUUCCUCAAGGACAGCACCCAGCGCAUCGUCGUCUUGAAGGUGGUGCACAGGCGCGUCCUCAACAGGUUUCACUCCUUCCUGCUGUACCUGGGGUACCCGGCGAGCGUGGCGCGGGACGUGAAGGUGACGCCCAUCUGCAAGCUGCUGCGGGAGUGGACAGGACAUGUCACCCCGACCCAGGGCUCUCCAGCCCAGGAGGACGUUCCCAGUUCCCCAGAUGAUGCUUCUGAUGAAAUCAUGGACCGGCUGGUGAAGUCGGUGACGCACAACGCCAACCCCCGGCCCUGCGCCAACAAGGAGCGCAGGAGGUCCCGUGGCAAUAGGAAGUCCUUGAGACGGACGCUGAAGAGUGGGCUCAGCGACGACCUGGUGCAGGCGCUGGGCCUGGGGCAGGCGCCCGGCAUGGAGGUUUGA